UCUUUCUCUCUUUCUCUCUCUCUCCUUUCUUUCUCUUUCUCUCCUUCUCUCUCUCGUGCUCCCUUGCUUGCUUCCUCGCUUUGUUCUCGGAGCAAACAAUGCCUAGCGAAACAGAGACCUCUCGCGGCUCUCUUUCUCCGUCUGCUACCUCAGGGUUACGUGCCGCCUCCGCCUCGGGCCCCUGGCGCCCGGCCUCCCUUGCUGGCCGGAACUCUCCUGCACUCACUCACGCCUCGACUUUCAAGGACCACGGAGACCACCACUCGGGAAUGGCCCCUCUUCGCUCACACAGCUCCGGGACCCCCUCAUCGGACCGACACAGGCCACAGCUCGUCUCCUCCUCUGCAUCCACCAGCUCGCUCUCCUCCAGUCCUGGUGGCAGCGCUUGGCAGAGCCCCACCAAGCGCACUGUCGUCGCAAAUUCAAACUACGCGCCCCCUUCAAACUCUUCCUUGGGUGCGGAACGAAACAACGGUGGUGAGCAUCACCACACCUCAGCAUCGCCCGUUCUCGGCUCCUUCAGCUCCUUCGCAAGGUCCUCUUUUGCCUCAACUCCGGCCUUAUCCUCUUCCUCCACAUCCACAGGGCCAACAGUACCGUCAAUUGUCGCAGGAAUAAGUCCAAGCACGGGGCCCGGAGCAGGCUCGGGAGCGGGCACACCCUCAUCGAUGGCUAGUGCUCAGAAACAGCCCCUGAAUCUGGAAGCCCUGGCCGCAAAGUUUGCAGACCCCAAGGAGAACAAAGAAAAGUUCGCAAAGCUGCAGCUGUCGCCAGCCCUGGCCCCGACCAGCCUCGCGGACAAGGAGAGGAGGACCCCCAUGGGCUCAUUCGUCGCCCCGUCACCCUCCUCGUCACAUAUCGCUCAUAUCAAAGUCCAACGAACUGCAAGCUUGAACCACAGCUCUCACUCGUCCUUGUUAUCCAAAGGUUCCAGCAGCAGACUCCAGCCAGGACAUUUCACGCAGACAACCGAUAUGAGGCGUACUGCAAGUCAUAACAAUGCCUUCUCCUCGGGGCUAGGGAUGCCUUUGGGGUCAAACAGGGAAAGGGACGGGCAUGAUCAGAACGGCGUCGCUGGAAGUGGUGGUAGUAGCUACAGCAACGGCACGUCGGGACAUCAUGGUGGUCUAGGAGGAACCCUUGGCAGCUCUUCUCAACUGGCGCCAUUCUCACUAAGCCAGAUGACGCGUCCGCCUCGUCGACCCUCGCUUAAUCCUCCAGAUCAAAACUCAUUAAACCAACAGGAUCAUGUUUCACCGAUGCAUACAUCACAUACAAGCCAUCCUUUGCAACAUGCUUGGACUCUCUACUAUGACACUUCAGCAGGAUACAAUCGGCAAAGUUCAUCUCUUCACAACUAUGAAAACGGACUCCGAGACCUCGGCACUUUUACAACGGUCGAAUUGUUCGCUCGUUAUUUCAACUGGAUUGAGAAGCCACACAAGAUGGAGAACAAUUCAAACUAUCAUCUCUUCAAGGAUGGUAUCAAACCUAUGUGGGAGGACCCAGCAAAUGCCAACGGCGGUCGAUGGAUUGUGACGCUUUUGGACAAGAAUUCAGAGUUGUUGGAUCGCUGCUGGAUGGAAUUGGCAUAUGCGCUGGUUGGGGAGCAGCUUGAUGCUGGCGACGAUAUCUGUGGUGCAGUUUUGUCUCGCAGGACAAGGGCGGAUCGAUUGGCCGUAUGGGUUAGAGACAAGGAGAAUGUGGAAGUCAUUAAUGGCAUAGGGUACAUUCUACGUCAUGAUCAGCUCUACAAUUCCUGUGCUCACCAUUUCCUUUGGCUAUCCCUCUAAUAUCGUACACUUACACGCUCACUUAUAGAAAGCGGUUGGUAAAAAUCCUUGAUUUGGCCAAAGAGACGAUCUCGCUGGAA